AUGACGACCGGUCUAACUUUGUACAGUUACUACAAGAGUUCUUGUACCUGGAGAGUUCGGGCCGCCCUCGCCUACAAGAAGCUCGAGUACACUACCAAGAUUGUCAAUGUCGCUGAAGGGGACCAUGUAUUUUUUAGAACAUUAUAUGCAUUGCUUUCGAAACUAGUCAGUUUGUAAUGGUAUUACUUCAGAUGAAGCCGGACUACCUCAAACUCAAUCCAUCUGGGAACUUGCCAACUCUCAUCCAUAAUGGGCAUGUCCUUACCGAAAGUAUGGCCAUUUUGGAAUAUUUGGAAGAGGUUUUCCCCGACAAGGGACGUCUUCUUCCAGAAAAUGAUCCGGUGAAAAAAGCCCUGGUCAGAACGGUCUGUAUGAUGGUAAGGGUACUGUAGUAACUGUUUCGGAUGUAAAUCUUUUUUUUCCAGGUUAUUGUUGGCAUUCAACCGAUGCAAACCCCCAAAGUGUACAAUCGGGCUGGCCGAAGAGAGAAAUUUGCGGCCGAAAUGACAAUCGAAGGACUUUAUGCCCUCGAGGAGAAACUCAAAAAAGUGGCUGGUACCCAUUGCAUCGGGAAUGAAAUGUCUUUGGCGGACAUGGUUCUGGUCCCGCAGUUGUACAACGCGGUUACGUAAGUCCUGGCAUUUGUGUUACAACGAACAUCCAGAAAAUUCGCCAUUAAUCUGGACUUUUUCCCGACACUGAAGAAACUGUAUACGGAAUUGCUGGUAACCGAUUGCUUCUUGGCAUCCCAACCCCAUUGUCAACCAGAUUGCGAGUUGAGUGCCACAAAAUGUACCUCACUGAAGGUCGCAAAGUCCCCCUCGCUGAGUGCAUUCCCAAGGAACAUGGUCAGCAAGGACGAAGAUCAUCUUCAUGAUCGUUUCGGAAAGGAGUAG